AGGCUUAUUUUGAGAAAAAGGUGGGAAAUGUCGGGCACGUCUUUUUACCACAAGGAACCACAAGAUACCACAGGAUACCUCAAGGGAGACCAGUGUCACCUUAAGAUACCCCAUGGAACCCUAAUGACACCCAAGGCACCUCUUACAACCUUAUUGACACCCCAAGAUGACUAAAUUUUAGAGCGAAGUUCAUCACCUGCCAUUGAAGAAGUCAGACUAUCAUUGUACCAAGAUAACAUUUUGAUGCUAGUGCAAGACCAGGAAUAAAUAGCUAACAGGAAGCCUAUUUUUAAUUUUUUUUCAUAAUUUAUUUUUUUCCACCAUGGACUUUGAAGGAAGAUCAUGUCAGAUUCAAACACAAAUCUCAUCGUCAACUACCUCCCACAAACCCUGUCUGAUGAAGAUUUCAAGGAACUCUUUGAGAAGAUUGGGCCUCUUAAGUCCUACAAAAUUGUCCGUGACAAAGCUACUAACUACAGCUAUGGGUUUGGUUUUGUGGAUUACGUAAAUAUGGAGGAUGCAGAAAGAGCCAUCCAUGAAAUGAAUGGUCAAAAAAUGGAUCACAAGACCAUUAAAGUAAGCUACGCAAGGAAAAAUGACAGUGAAAGUAAGGGUGCCAACAUCUACAUUGCAAACAUACCAAGAUCAUUUGGAGAGGAUGAUCUGGUACAGCAUUUCAGGCAGUACGGGGAAAUUAUUCAAAUCCGAUUACUGAGGGAGAAAUCCAACAAUGAAUCCAAGGGAGUAGGCUUUGUGUAUUAUACCAAGCGGUCAGAAGCUGCUGCAGCCCUCGAAGGAAUGAAUGGAAAAUCUUUGAUAAAAGGAUAUCCAGCACUGUCCAUCAAGUUUGCAGACAUAAAUGCGAGAAAAGGUCGAGCCCCCUACCAGAUACAAGUUCAUCAGACCAAUCUUCGUUACCCAACGCCGGGCAGUAAUCCUUACAGUGCAGGCCCUCAUGGACCAAUGAGAAGUUCCAACACUCGCAUGCGAUUUAAUCCCAUGAGCGGGGGAUACUCCCCGGGGCUUGGAGGUGGGGAUAUGGGAGGCCACAUUUUGUUUGUAUACAACAUCGGUUAUGAUGCGGAGGAGAAAACACUGUGGCAAUUGUUUGCUCCCCUGGGAACUGUGACAAAGGUCAAUGUUAUCAUGGACCACACAAGGAACCAAUGUAAAGGCUACGGCUUUGUCACCAUGAAGAAUCUACACGAGGCUGAAGGAGCCAUAUUGGCACUGAAUGGGGCCUUGUACAAUAACAGACGCUUGUCAGUCUCCUUCAAAUCAUGACGCUGUGAUCACAGUCACAUAUUGAUACUGUUGAGCAUAAUAUCCAUACUUCUUAGAGAAGAAGUGAAUGUUGGUUACAAAGAUAUCACUUUGGUGUUUAUGGUGUUUUAAAGAAAUUUUUUUAUUUGUUCUUCUUAGCCACACAUUUUAUGACUUAGGAAUAGGUACUGUUUUCACAGUAUUAAGUUCCUGAACUUUAAUAUUCACAGUAUUAAGUUCCUGGACUUUUAGAAAAACAGGAAGGAUAUGCAACAUUAGUUAAUAUAAAUUCGAGAAUAAUAACUCGCAGUUUAAGAAAGGGAGAAAUUUGUGUUUUAUCUUAGAUGGUCAUGUUAAAAUAUUAUUUGAUUUGAAAGUAUUGAGCAAAGUACAAUUUAUCUUUAGUGUAUAUAAAAAAAGGUUUUUUAAAAUAGUUCAGUGGAGUGUUAAUGGGACAGCAGAGCUUAAAGGGGCAUGGAUAUGAUUUUUGAUUGAAAUGAACAGCUUUUUUGUUAUAGAAAUAAAGAUCAUUAAUAGAUAAGUGGAUUAAAAAUAAUUUUACACAGGUACAUGAAACCUGGCUCCCUAAAGCAUGUUGGUAGACCCGGUGUUAAACUAUAGUUAGAGUGAAAGGAUUGCACAUGCAUUUCAUAAGACUAAACUUGUGAACUAUGCAACUUAAAGGUAUGUCAAGAUCGUUCAGCAUUUCAACAGAAAAUCAAUGUCAAGCACAAAGAAUUCAGAACUAAAAAUUUUGUAGUUAGAGCUCUUUUCUCCGAAACCUUCAACUUCGACACCAUGUUGAUAGAUGAGUCGUGCAACAUUACAUGACCGUAUAUAAACGAGGCUUGCAUCUUGUUUUGAAAAUGGAAAAGUUUAGAUGUCUUAAAUAUCUUUGCGUCAGUUUUUUAAAUUUAGGUUUGUUGCUAUGUUUUGCACAUAUCAAAUACUACUAUAUUACUAACUAAUAUCCAAGUAUUGAUUUGUUUUACCAAUUGCAUCCAUGACCCUUUAACGCGUCAAUAGAUUAAUACCUACACUGUCUGCCAAAGUGGUUAUGUAUAUUGAUAUAGAAGGAAUCUGUAUUGGAAAUAGUAGAUUGAUGAUCAUGUGAAAUUAGCUUAUCUUUUUAUAGCAUUGAUUGAAACAGAGUUAGAUGUGUUGAUAUAUGAAAUCCAGAUUUUUGUUUAAAGUUAUAAGUGUAUGUUAUUGUCACAGUUAAUGAUAAGCUUAAAGUCGUAUUUUCUGUGUGUAGUGCUUUGACAUGCAAACAUCAACUUUAUGUUUCCAGUGUGAAAAAAUGUUCAGCCAUGUACCAUGAAUAUUGUGUGUUUUAUUGAAUUUGUAUUAAUUCAGUAAAUGAUGUGCAUUUUAUUGCUUGCAUUACAGUUUUAAGUCAUUAAAUACAUUGUAUUAGAA